AUGUCGUCUGAAAUUCCAGAUAUUCCUGAACUGAAGCGUGCCGUGGAAAGCGGCCAGCGCAUUGGCCCAGAUGAUGUCUCUGCUUUGGCGCCGAACGAGAGCAAAUUGACCGGUGGUGGGCCGAUCAGGGGUGGAGCAGCAGGUGUGUUCAUAGGUCUAGACGUUCAGAUGAAUUUCGAUAAGAAACUGGAGGCUUUCUUGCGGAAGCCACAGAGCUACAUAACACAGGAGGAUGCUCGAGAACUUCACACAGAGGAGGGUCGCGCCUUCAACAAGCCACCUGGUCCUGGGUCUGUCUCCGCGCAGAUUCGAUCGAUAGCAGACCGUAACGAGGCCCUUGGGGUCCCUGCUAUGCCGGGAGAGGUACCAGUGUACAUUACGACGGAUGAAGCGAGGGAGGCUCAGCAUGCUGAAUCGACAAUAUAUGGCGGACAAAAUCCACGCGUUGGGAUCGCGGCACAGAUGCAUUUAGUCUAG